CUGCAAUAAAAGCGAACGAAUUCCAGUUUUACGCAGAACCUCAACCUAACCUAAGACAAUGCAGGACAACGAAGAUUUUGUCGACGCGCAGGAGCCAUUGCAAAUCCCUGAUGCGAAUGUUGUUAACUCGCAAACUGGAGAGCUGGUUCAUGCUGCAAGGCCUCGGUGCACGCAAAGAGCAAGAGAAAUACGCAGCAGUAAUCGCGUACACUGAUCCCAAAUACCUGGAUCAAGUGCACGAUCUUGUCAACAACCCACCACAAACGAAUCCGCACUCCACUCUUAAACAAGCCAUUUUGUCCAAAUUUGCAGAAUCAGAGAUGGUGCGUCUCGACAGACUUGCGACAGGAAUUCAACUCGGCGACGGUCGUCCAAGUCAUCUACUCAGUCAAUUGCAGCAAACUAACGCCACCAAUGAUGAAUCGGUUGUGCGUCGCUACUGGAUCAAGCGCCUACCACCUCCGGCACGUGCAGUAAUCUGCUUGAAAGCCCUCCCAACACCACCCUCGCGCAGCUCGCAACUGCUGCCGAUGCUGUGAUGGAUUCUCUUAACUACGACGCUUCAGACCACAUGUGUGCUGGAUCGCAUCACACAAUUAAGUAAACGCCUGGACGACAAUGACAAGAUUCUGCAGCAGAUCAACAACAAGCUAAGUCACCUGCUUGGGACCACAAAUCAGCAACGAGGUCGGAGCUACAAUCGAUCGCCCAGCAACAACAAUUACCGGAGCAACACACCCUCCAGGGACAAUUCUAACCCUCAAUUUUGCUGGUACCACAACAAGUAUGCGGACAGUGCCCAACGUUGCAUCCAACCGUGCUCUUUCCAUGCCAACAACAGUUCAAAAAACUAAGCACCACCGUUGGAAAUCAACAGGGCAGCUCCGACGGUCGUGACGCAAUUGCUCAAAGUAAACAUCUGCAGAAUUUCGUCCUCCAAUCGUCUCUUCGUUCCAGACUUCAAAUCGGGUAAAAGUUUUCUUAUCGACACUGGAGCUGACGUAUCUAUUAUACCACCCAGCACAAUUAAUCAACACAUCGCAGUCACUAAUGAACAUAAACUAUUUGCAGCCAAUGGAACAGCAAUAAAAACUUAUGGCACCACUCGCCUUACGCUGGAUCUCGGUUUACGUCGCCCUUUCACAUGGAUUUUUACCAUAGCCGAUACCAAAAUCCCAAUCAUUGGUUCAGACUUCUUGCAACACUUUAAUCUACUGGUUGACCUCAAAAACUCAAAGUUAGUCGAUGUCGAAACACGCCUAUCAUGCUGUGGUAUAUUUAGCCAACAAUCGAAUUCGGAGAUAAGGACAUAUAAUAUUCACUCCGAAUUCUCCAAACUACUGGAAGAAUUUAAAGACAUCACGCAGCUCAACUCAUGUCCUUCUCAAGCAACAACCACCAACGUCACACAUUGCAUCGAAACCAAAGGAUCUCCACCAUUCGCCAGGCCAAGAAGGCUAACUCCAGAAAAAUUCCAAAUUCCAAAGCAACAAGAAAGGAAAGCUAACUUCGGGCGGAGCCGAAGUUGAAAUACCCUUGAAGAAUA